AUGAGGCCUGACACUGGCUGGGACUGGUACACCACCCUGGGACUGGUACACCACCCUGGGACUGGUACACCACCCUGGGACUGGUACACCACCCUGGGACUGGAACACCACCCUGGGACUGGUACACCACCCUGGGACUGGUACACCACCCUGGGACUGGUACACCACCCUGGGACUGGUACACCACCCUGGGACUGGUACACCACCCUGGGACUGGUACACCACCCUGGGACUGGUACACCACCCUGGGACUGGAACACCACCCUGGGACUGGAACACCACCCUUGGACUGGAACACCACCCUGGGACUGGAACACCACCCUGGGACUGGAACACCACCCUGGGACUGGUACACCACCCUGGGACUGGUACACCACCCUGGGACUGGUACACCACCCUGGGACUGGAACACCACCCUGGGACUGGAACACCACCCUGGGACUGGAACACCACCCUGGGACUGGAACACCACCCUGGGACUGGAACACCACCCUGGGACUGGUACACCACCCUGGGACUGGCCCAGCAGGCCCAGCAGGCCCAGCCUCUACCCAGCGAGGACAGCAGUUCCGGAGGGCAGAGCUGCAGGGUCUGGGUGGCAGUGCCCAGGCGGCGCGGGCCAGGCUGGCAGAGGAGCAGCAGCACAGGCGUGUCCGUCCGCAGUACAGCAUCGACGCAGAGACCCACUCCCGAAACCUGGAGAAAACCCAGAUGACCCCACUGGCCAGGGACAGACAGACGGACGCCUGGGACCAGCUCCAACCCAGCUCCAAAGCCCUGAAGAUUAAAGACCUGGACUUCUCCGACCUCAUGGAGGAGGAGGAUAUAGAUGUUCUGGACGUGGACGUCUUCGGCGUGGGUGUUGGUCGGCCCAGUGGUGGUGGUGGUGGCAUCCCACCUCCUCCACCUAUUCCUGGACUAGCCUCCGCUCCUCCUCCUCCUCCUCCUCCCCGGGCUCCGUUUAUGAGUAUCCCUCCUCCACCUCCUCCCCCACCGGGUGGAGGUCUCUGCUCCCCUCCACCACCACCUCCUCCUGGAGCUCCCCUUCCCUCCUCCUCCUCCUCCCAGACUCCAGACCCGGCCUUUGCCAAGAAGAGGAAGACGGUCAAGUUGUUCUGGAAGGAACUCAAACAGUCAGACAGUCCCAGGAAGUGUAAAUUCGGACGCUGGACGGUGUGGGCGUCGCUGGAUAAGGUCACCGUGGAUACGGCUGGAACACCUGUUUGAGUCCAAGGCCAAGGAGCUACCCGUGGCUCUAAAGAAAGGAUCAGAAGUGAAGAAAGCAGAGAUUCUGGUGUUGGACUCUAAGAGGAGUAACAGCAUCAACAUCGGCAUGACCGUACUACCAGCUGUCCACGUCAUCAGGACCGCCAUCCUCAACUUUGACGAAGUUCGCCAUCAACAAGGAGGGCAUCGAGAAAAUCCUGACGAUGACUCCUUCGGAGGAGGAGAAGCAGAAGAUCCAGGAGGCUCAGCUGGCCAACCCGGACGUCCCCCUGGGCUCAGCAGAACAGUUCCUCCUCACCCUGUCCUCCAUCAGCGGCCUCAGCGCUCGACUACAGCUCUGGGCCUUCAAACUCAACUAUGAAACCCUGGAGAAGGAGAUAGCGGAGCCUCUCUUCGACCUGAAACUAGGCAUGGAGCAGCUCAAAAACAAAACCUUUAAGCGCAUCCUAGCAACGCUUUUGGCCAUUGGAAACUUCCUCAACAGUACCAGUGUAAGUGUGUUAUUCUUUUCUACGUCCCAAAUAGAGACCCUGUUUCCUGUAUAGGGCACUACUGUUGACCAGAGCCCAUAGGGCUGUAUAGGGCACUACUGUUGACCAGAGCCCAUAGGGCUGUAUAGGGCACUACUGUUGACCAGGGCCCAUAGGGCUGUAUAGGGCACUACUGUUGACCAGAGCCCAUAGGGCUGUAUAGGGCACCAGGGCCCAUAGGGCUGUAUAGGGCACCAGGGCCCAUAGGGCUGUAUAGGGCACCAGGGCCCAUAGGGCUGUAUAGGGCACUACUGUUGACCAGAGCCCAUAGGGCUGUAUAGGGCACUACUGUUGACCAGAGCCCAUAGGGCUGUAUAGGGCACUACUGUUGACCAGGGCCCAUAGGGCUGUAUAGGGCACUACUGUUGACCAGAGCCCAUAGGGCUGUAUAGGGGACUACUGUUGACCAGGGCCCAUAGGGCUGUAUAGGGCACUACUGUUGACCAGGGCCCAUAG